GAAAAAUUCUCCGGCAAAGGCCGCUUUACGUAGUUCUUUCGAUGUUUUGAAAUAGUCUUCGUCGGUUGAGGAGGACCUAUUGCCAGCCGUAAGGAUUUCGAAGAAACGAAAAAAACAAAAUGGCGACUGGGAAGCACGUAACAGACGCGUACGCGGAACGGAACCCGUUUUGGCACACCGCCGAGGACGUGACCAAACAGCACGAGAAACUCAACGACUGGUCAUGUGUGGCCGGCAAGCCGAUGCGGGGCUUCCCCGACCUGAUCGGGGCAAGUUUACCCGGUUACCGGUACGGGAUGACCACCGCCGUCCGGCCGUUGAUGAUUAUCAAGCCCUGUGCCUGUCCGGGCGGGAUUCUGCAACCGCCGGAAGAGUUCAAGUACGGGGUGCGCGACACGGAUGGGCUGUGGCAUGUGCCGGCGGACAAGAAGUUUGCGGGGUUCUACUCGAGCGAUCAGCUGGUCGACGGAAACUCUAGCAGCUCGUGUGGAUCAUCGUCUCGACGUGUUGGGAGCAAGAAAAUCAAAAGCGGAGCGCGAAUCCUUCUGCCGAUGAAAGGGAAAUCACACCUAGUGCAGGCGUGGCAAGUUCGGCCGGGCUUAACUGUGAUAGGGCAGCCGGCACCUCCAGAGGCGGACAACUUUUGCUAUUCUGACGACGUAACAAGGACAUCAGUCGCAGCGGGAAAGGAAAAAACCACCCAAGUAGAAGAACAAGAAUCGGCGUGGUUUGGGCAAAGGUGGCUCUCGAAUCUAAUAUGGCAGCUGCGUAGUGGUUCUUCACGUAGCACGCAGCCAACAUCAACUUCAAUCGCAGUUGCAGCAACGCAAGACGCUACUGACACCGGUCCUUCAUCGAAGCCUAUAACUGCUUGCAAAAAAAGCAACUUCUUCUCCGCUUCCCUCGGAACCGAGCCGUACGCAGCGGACUUUGGCUGCGUCGACGGCCCCAGCACGCGCGGGGACGACCCGGGCAAACGACAGGGCCAGUUUUGGACCACGGUCGUCCAGGAGACGGACUGCCCGUGCGACACGGAGUUUUCCAUGAUCGUCAACAACGUGAAACGGCCGCAGGUCGACGUGGUGUUGAACCCGACGACCAUGCAAACGGUGCGGCAGAUUCUCAAACUCGACUACCCGCUGGAAGAAAUUCCGGAGAAUUACCUCGCGGUGCAUCAAUUUCUCGACACCAAACGCAGACUGGGAACCCUGCAACCUUACUUUCAGCCGCAGGGCCACACGUGGGUGUUUCACGGCUGGGGCGGGGCGGGGGACAUGAGCGGGGACCCGAUGACGAUGAAUUUCGGCUACGCGGGAAGUACGGACCUGAACGAUGGCCGGCCCCUGUCGCAAACGCGCAUGGACAUCGCCAGCGGAGCGGUGAAUUUUUCCAGCGGCUUUUACUAGUGGACACAAAAAGAAUUUUCUUCCUUGUAUGAUCGAUGGCUGAAGACAGUACUCCUUGUUGUAAUCUUCUGAGGGAGGUUUUUUCAAAUUCAAAUGAACGUAGCUAACUUAGAAGAUAGAAGCACCAGACUCGCAGCUCCCAGUCGGAACGCAUAAUAAGGCAAGACAU